CACAUCUUGUUUUAUUGGCGAUACCUUGCUAAUCGCAUACGCCUAAUAUUUGCCUGAUUUGAGGCGAGAUAGGGGGAGCUGUGCCACCUACUUCUCCUAGCUACUUAAUCAUCAAUAUUGAAGAAUCGUUGAGCCGAGAAAUUUAACCAAUGGCUGUAUUGAAAGGGUUCCGACAAUUGGCGAUUACGGUGAAUGACACAGUGUUCAAUAUUCGCGAUCUGGAGGGGCGGAUACUUUUGCCGUUUUAUCUGUCCAGAGACGUUCUUGUUUUCACACCGUGGGAUAAAAUAUGUGGCUCUGCUCCGUCUGAGUGAGUUGUGUUUCGCGUGUGACGGACAAUCGCGGUGUCGUCUGCUCGAGCGGAUGCCGUCUAUCUCUUGACGUUGAUAGACCAGACGAUGAAGUGCGGAGCCCAUCAAACUCUGAUGACCAGUCUGCACGAGCACGGACCUUUGGACAACAGGACUUUUGCCUCCCUAUCCACUUCAGCUUCUUUUUUCAUGGAACCCAGAAAGAAGACUGCUUUUUCUAUCCGUGAUUUGCUGGGUCUGAGACAAAACCAGGAGAGAACACCCAACUCCGGGUCUCCCAGUGAGUUGAGCCUGACCCACAAGUCAAGCCACCUACCCGACCCCCGGGCGUCCAUCUACUCCCUGGGGGCACCCCCCUCACGGCAGGCCCACCAUGGGGGCUAUCCCUACCCACCCUGGGGAUCUCCCCUCAUAGACUCACUGACCACUUCUGGACAAACUAUUCUCAACUUUAACAUUUUCCAGGCUGCCAAUAAUAGAGAAUAUGGUAAAACAGAUGUAGACGACAGAAAAGCACUGCCUCAACAGUCAACAUUUGAGGCACUCCAUCUUUCUCAGCCUUCUGGAAAAAAGAAGAAGAAGAAAAGACGACACAGGACAAUCUUCACUAGUUAUCAGCUUGAGGAGCUGGAGAAGGCGUUCAAGGAUGCCCACUAUCCCGAUGUACAGACCAGGGAGGUUCUAGCCAUGAAGACUAGUCUACCUGAAGAUAGAAUACAGGUAUGGUUUCAAAACAGACGAGCUAAGUGGCGGAAGACGGAGAAGACGUGGGGACGAAGCAGUAUAAUGGCGGAGUACGGGCUGUAUGGAGCGAUGGUCAGACACUCACUUCCGCUUCCGGAAACCAUCUUAAAAAGCGGAAAAGAAGGGGUUCUUGAUUCCUCAGCGCCAUGGUUACUCAGUAUGUAUCGGAAGUCAAGUGAUCCACAGACAAGACUGAAGAGCGAUGACGAAGAAAGUCGCGACUGUAUCCCGGAAGUGAAAGACAAAGAAGAGCUUCGGUCUGAGAGUAUCGCGGCACUUCGUGCGCGUGCGCAGGAGCAUACUGCCAGAAUCCAUCAGAACGGAGACAGGGAAGACGAGAAAGGCAAAGGCGACGGUUCAGACGAGAGCGCGGAUGAUGAGAGUCAUGACGCUGUGGUGAGGCUGCAGGCCACGGAGCUACCUGAGAUGCCUGAUUGAUAACAAUAAGCAGUACUACUUGUCGUUUGUCCACAUCCAGUGUUAUUCAGAGACUUUCAUUGUGUUAAUGUUUCUUGUGUGGUUGAACAAUAUGAAAUUUGACAGUUCGUAUAGUACAGGUUUAUGUACAUAUAUGCUCGCACUAAAACAUAUAUCGUCUUAGGGCAAGCUGUGUUAAAUCUCAGCUUUUAUCAUAUCAUCCUUAUAUCAGUACAGUAAAAUAUCGUUAACUCGAAGUCAUUUGGACCGUCGUAGUUCGAGAUAGUGGGAAUUCGAUAUCAGAACAGGGUCAAUGACGAGUUCGCCAGAACUAGAUUAUAAUUGUACGAAUCGAACUAUGGACUUGCAAGAGUUCGACUUAACGAGAUUUCGCUGUUGUUUUUUUAACCCGGUAAUUUUUUAAACAUAAUUUAUUCAUUUUAUUCAAGUUAAAAUUACUGAAUGGGCGUUGCAUUAAUUUAAACCAUGUGCAGAGAAAUUUCACAGUUGUUUUCAUUUCCACAUAAAAAAUAUACAAACAUAAAGUCGCUUAAAAUCAGUAUUUCGGAUCAUCCCAUGGUUCAUAUUGCUGCAUCUUUCUCGCUUACAACAACCACACUAACUCGAAAUGUUUGGGAUAAUUGAAUUUGAGUCGAGUCCUCCGUAGUUCGAAACAAAGGGAGUGCCGAUACUGCACCGUAAUGACAAAGUCUGUCGGGGUGUUAAAGUCAGGUUACACGAAUUGUCCAGGUUCGGGAAUUCGAGUUAACUAUGUUACGAUGUAUAUAGGAAUAGGUCCAAAGUGUAUCAUUUCUUGGGGGUAAUUCCCACACACACCAGAUACGAAAGGUUUCUCAACAAUGUACAAAAUCAAAAUAGUUACAAAACGGUUGGGUAUGCUUCGGAAUUGGCAUGUGUGACAAGAGGAAAUGUUACUGCAAGCUUGAAGCACCGUUCACCGAUUUAUAGAGGGCAAUACUGGCUAUUUUUCCCUUGUGUAGUUUAUACUUGCAGCAAUUUGACAGUUUCCAAGAUAAUAUUACUUAAAUACUUAUUUUUUUAUAUUAUUAUUAUUAUUAUUAUUAUUUACAGAUUAAAAUUAAAAAUGCAGCAAAGAGGGUUUGGGUGAUUCUGGCACAGUCAGACUGGUUAGGCU